CAAGGCUGGCAGAUGGGGGUGGGGGAUGGGGCAGGACAUCAAUAUGCUAAACACCCACCAACAGCUGGUCAGGACCACGAUGGGGAGACCAGGGCAGAACACAGGGCUCCAGGAUUCAGGGACACCCACAGGGCUGCUCAGGCUUCUCUCCGGCAUCUCCCAGAUUGAGCAGGGGCAUCUCGAGAGCAGCGAUGGUGUAAUUCUGGGCCAGCAGCAGAGGUCUCGGAGCGCAGGGCAGACGGCAAAGAAGAACCAGAAGGAGCGGGGGCCCAGGGGCCGGAACAAGAAAGGGCAUGGCUGUGCUGAGGCUGAGAAUCUCUUCCCCUCUCCUCCUCGGAAACCCUCCUUCCCCUUCCAGUGGGCCUGGGAGAGCUUCAGCGUGGAUGGCCGGGCUCUGCUUCAGCCUGGCUCCUCCUUGGCCCCUGGCCACCAAGACCUGCCCUUGCCCCCAGCGGCUCCCCAGCACAAGUCCAAGCGCAAGCCCACAGCCAACCUCCUAGAGGCCCAUGGCUUCUGCUGGAAGACGGAGGUGCCACACUUGGAGAGGAGACAGCAGCUGAGGGCCUGGGGCUGCGUCUCCAUCCCUCCUGGCAAAGGGGAGAGCCAAGAGCUGGAGCCAGCCAGUGAGUGUGGCCCCCAGCAGCCCGAGAAGAGGUCAGGGUCAGGGUCGGAGUCCGAGGAGGCCGCUGAGCUGGAAGCCCCAGGGGGAGAAGAGGCCGAGAGGGGUCUGAGCCCUGGGGAACUGCCCCAGCUCCCCAGCAGGGGCUCCAUCUUGGAGGAGGAGUGGUUUGCAGAGGCCACAGAGGAGGCGGAGGAGGGAGAGCACAGCAUGCCCCCCAGAAGGAGGGCUGGUUCUCGGAGAAGGGGGCAGAAUUCUGGUGAGGAGGCCUCAGAUGACAGUGAACGGCAGGGCCAGUGGAGCAGCGCCAGCUCCAACAUCCUCCGAGGGCCACAGAGGAGGAAGUCUAGAGCCAAGGAGCUGCAGGGGCCAUGGGACCUGGAGAAGCUGCAGAGGAAGUUGCAGCAAGACUUGGACUGUGGCCCCGAAAAGCAGCCCUGGAAGGCUCUGCGGGCUGCUGUCCAGGCCUCCAACCAGAGUGGGAAGGCCCAUGCCUUGGGAAACGACGAGACUUUCCUGUUUGCCAACUUCCCUAACCGUACCUUCCACAAGCGACAGGAGGCUACCAGAAGCCUGCUGCAGGCCUGGGAGCGGCAGCAGCGGGAGGAGCGGCGGCAGGCUGAGCUGCGGAGGGCCCGGGAGCAGCAGGUUCAGCAGCAGGUGGCUCGCUGCCUGGCGGCCUACGCGCCCAGAGGGAGCCGGGGGCCGGGGGCUGCCCAGCACAAGCUGGAGGAGCUGAGGCGCCAGGAGCGACAGCGCUUUGCUGAGUACCAGGCAGAGCUGCAGGGCAUCCAGCACAGGGUGCAGGCCCGGCCCUACCUGUUCCAGCAGGCCAUGCAGGCCAACGCCCGGCUCACCGUGGCCCGGCGCUUCUCCCAGGUGCUGUCGGCACUGGGACUGGAUGAGGAGCAGCUGCUGGUGGAGGCAGGAAAGGGGGACAAGGAGGGGACCUCCAGGAAACCCAGGAGCCACAGGUCAACGGAGGUGAGAAUGGAGCACUCUUCUCAGAGCCCCCCAAGGACAGCACCCACCAGCAGCCAGCCUGACAGGCACUACCCAAGCCCAGACCAGAAGUCCAGUCCCUGA